GUAUUAUAGUUUGGACCACAUCUAAAUGCGAUUAAGGCCAGCCGUGCUGAUGAUCGGUUUCCGUUUCAGCAAGAGUGGAAUGUGGAACGUGGCCUUGGUUAAUGCAUUCCUGCCGUUGUACUCUAGCAUGAACACCUCUCACGUUGGCAGAAUGCACGACGCUUCGUGCUCGACGAACGCAGUGCGCCCAAUCAACACAGCCAUCGGAUGAUGGCGCGACGUGCUUUUUCCUUCCCACAACAGCCAGCCGAACAAACGGGCCGGCAAAACGGUGAUCAUGCCCCAUUGCGGGGAAUUCGCCACUCCACGCAAAUGGACCCUGAACAUCAUCCCAUUGAAAGAAGAAAAAAAAAAAAAAAGUUAAGAGUGGAUGCUAGGACCCUUGGAAUUUUCUCGUGUACGACGCAGGUCGGCGGUCGCUGCUGCUGCAUGCUUAAAAUAGGAUCACACACAACCUACCUACCCUUCUUCUUCUUCGGCAUCAGCGAGCGUUUGCGCAACGAGUCAUGUCGCGGUAGCUUCCGCACGCAUACCGAAGCUGAGGCGUGGCUGAGCGCGGAAACCGGCGGCACUCAACAAAAAAGCAACGCGCAUAGUGUGUCGUUGCCAUGUUUCUCCGCGCUGUUGCAAAGGGUUUGCAGGCUCGGAACGACUCGGGAGCGAGAAUGUCUAGAUGCUGGGGAUGCCGCGGCGCUAAGGCCGCUUCCGGUAAGUUUAGCCAGCCCUACCGCAUGCACAGCCACGGCCGUCAGCUUUUUCCGCACCCUGCGGCCCUGUCGUGUCGCCCAUAACCCGCCUUUUUUUUUCUCUGCCGGCCCAAGCGAGCCUCAACGCCUUCGGUCCCUGCCUCGUUCCGUGCAGACUACCUAAUAAGGUGCUUACUUUUUUCAGAUCUGCAGAUGCCCUCGGCUUCCUGGCCCGGCCUGGGCCCAUCUCGGUACGCCGGCCCCCUCGGCACCCAUGAACGCACAGGCACCCGCUCCCGCUAGCCGACCACCAGGCCGCACCCUCCGGACGUAACUUGGCGGGCUGUGUACGAGUACUCUGCUGUAC